AUGGCCUUCCUCGGCUCCUGUCUUGUGCUUCUUCUUCCGCCCUUUCUCUUCUUCAUUCUCAAAUCUCUGUAUACGCUCGUAUGGGUACCGGAGAAGAUCCGCCGUCACUACCGUAGGCAGGGCAUCGGAGGACCUCCCCCCCGCCACCUGAUCUUCGGGAACUCCGGCGAAAUCCGCGACAUGAUCGCCCGCGCUCAGUCACGGCCUAUCCUCGAUCGCCUCGACCAUGACAUCACUCGGCGGGUUCUCCCGCACUACCAUGAAUGGUCCGCCGCCUAUGGCAAGACCUUCCUUUUCUGGUUCGGGUCCUUGCCGCGGCUCGCCGUCGCCGACCCGGCAAUCGUCCGGGAGCUCGUGCGCGAUUCCGGCGGGGGGUUGGACAAGGUGGAGUUCAACCCCCAGUCGAAGCAGCUGUUCGGGGAGGGCCUGGUGGGGCUGAAGGGGAAGAAGUGGGCGCUCCACCGCCGGAUCAUCAACCCCACCUUCAACAUGGAGAGGGUGAAGGUCGGUCCUCCAAUCAUCUCCUCCACCGUCGUGAUUGUUGAUCAGUGUUUCCCAAUUUAUCUGCACUAAUUCGAGAUCUCCGUGCAUAAUAAAUAGAGUUGGGUUCCUGAAAUCGCGACCUGCGCCUCAAAGAUGCUUGACAAUUGGGAGAGGAUGGGAGCCAACGGCGGCGAUUUUGAAGUAGAAGUGGGGAAAGAGCUCCAACAAUUCGCUGCAGAUGUCAUCUCUCGCGUGGCAUUCGGGAGCAGCUACAAAGAGGGGAGCCGUAUCUUCCAACUGCAAGAGGAGCAAGCACUCCUCGUCUAUCUGGCCACGGAGAGCGUUUACAUCCCAGGCUUUAGGUACAGAUUCAUCUUCUUGACAGUUCCUCAUGUUAGAUUAGAUCUCAAUGUGGACCUAGAUAUAUAUGAAUCGUAUGUUAUGUGAUUAUCACUAACUUUAAUCAUUAUUAAAGUAAUUAAUUGGACGACCUGUUCCUGCGACUAAUUCCAUCUGCUGGACGCCGGCCCUGAGGAAGAACACCUGCUCAUCUCCACCCUCUCUCUCUUCUCUGCUCGUCAGCUACAUCCCCACACGGAGAAACCGGCGGCGGCAGAAGAUCGACACGGAGAUAAGGGAGUCCUUACGAAGGCUAAUCCGCAGCAGAGGCGGCGCAGGAGAAACCUCCAAUAAUCUUCUGGGCCUGCUGAUGUCUUCUAACAUGCGAAGAGCUGAGGAGGAUCAAAUGGGGAUCGAGGAAAUCAUAGACGAAUGCAAGACGUUCUACUUCGCCGGAAAGGACACCACGGGCAACCUUUUGACAUGGGCGCUGCUGCUGCUCGGCCUGCACCAGGAAUGGCAGACCAAGACCCGGAAGGAAGUCAAGAAUCUCUGCGGCGAGGAUAAUCCCCCAACCGCUGAGGACAUCCCCAAGCUCAAAACAGUGAGCUUCUUCUUUCAAUCUCCCUAGGGUUUGGUUUCCACUUGCAGCCCCUGAACCGGCAUCUUCGUCUGUGUGAGGAACAGAUUGGCCUGGUACUGAACGAAACCCUCCGUCUCUACUCUCCCGCCCCUGCCAUGAGGAAGCUGGCCACCAAGAACGUGAAGCUGGGGGCGCUCGAGGUCGCCGCCGGCACCGAGGUCUUCAUCCCCAUUGGCGCCGUCAACAGGGAUAUGGAGCUGUGGGGGGACGACGCCUGCCGAUUCGAUCCGCUGCGGUUCUCCGACGGCCGUCGGCGGCCCGCCGGCGCGUACUUGCCAUUUGGGUUCGGACCGACGAUCUGCGUCGGCCAAAACCUGGCCAUAGUGGAGGCGAAGGUGGCGCUGGCCAUGAUUCUGCAGAGGUUUUCAUCCUUCUCCGUGGCGCCUUCCUACGUCCACGCCCCCAGUAAGCUCAUCACCCUGCAGCCCCAGUACGGGCUCCAGAUUAUCUUCCACAAGGCCUAG